AUGAGGAUAUUAGGAGGUUUAAAUUGGACUAGACUCAGCUGUCACGCAUCACUCGGGAAAUUCGACAGUGUCCUAGGAGAUCAAUUGCGCGUCUAUAGUAGCCACGUCGUCGCCCUAGAAAACGCCAGUGACAAAUAUACGACCAAACUGUGA